GAAAGGCUGCGGGUUGGGGAUGAAGGGAAGGAGAGAGCGCAGUUUGUUGCGGGCCCUGCGCAGACACACAGCGAGGGGAAGGAGGAACGUAGUUUUCACGCCCCUGCCUUCCAGCCGCAUCUCCGCUCUCAAGUUAGAUAGUUUCGCGAGACUUGGUCUCUCGUUCCCGUGUUUUAAGCGGGAAGUCUCAGUGCGGUUCUGUAGGCUGAGGAGGAGGCGGGGUUGGAGAGGGAGGCUAGGGGAGACAGGCUGGGACUAGAGACGCUUUCAAGGGCGAGGAUGAGCCCUGACGGAUUGGGUCGGGUCAACAAGUAUUUAGCAAGCUCACCACGUCCCAAGCUUGCACCGUACUGGGCGCUGGAGCUUUCUUUUGGACUGCCUGAAAUCCACAAGUAGGAUGUUGUUGUCUUUGCUGUCAUCAGAGGAUCAUUUUAUCUGUUUGAAAAGAGAAGGAUUUUCGGUGGUGCUCGGUUGCUACCAGGGCCCUAAGCAACACAGCAAAUCUGUGACAUUGCACACAGAUGUAGGUGAUAUUAAAAUAGAAGUCUUCUGUGAGCGGACACCCAAGUCAUGUGAAAAUUUUUUGGCUCUUUGUGCUAGUAAUUACUACAAUGGGUGUAUAUUUCACAGAAAUAUCAAGGGUUUCAUGGUACAAACAGGAGAUCCAACAGGUUCUGGAAAAGGAGGCAACAGUAUCUGGGGCAGGAAAUUUGAAGAUGAAUACAGUGAAUACCUUAAGCACAGCGUUCGAGGAGUUGUAUCCAUGGCUAAUAAUGGCCCAAACACCAAUGGAUCACAGUUCUUUAUUACUUAUGGCAAGCAGCCUCAUUUGGACAUGAAGUAUACGGUGUUUGGAAAGGUAAUAGAUGGCCUAGAGACUUUGGAUGAACUAGAGAAGCUGCCAGUAAAUGAAAAGACUUUUCGGCCUCUUAAUGAUGUACACAUUAAAGAUGUUACCAUUCAUGCCAACCCAUUUGCUCCAUAACUAUAAUGUAUUAGACAAAAUUCUGUCAAGCUCAACACAGGAAACACCUCAUUCUUGUUCACUGCUUCAUUAUGCCACAGACUCCAUCUUUCUACUUGUUUCCCAAUAAGGAGUUAAGACAGCUGGUUUUUUGUAAGGAGAGGGGUAUGGGCCCUUCAAGCUAAUUCUGCAAAACUUGUCCACUAUGAAAUGAUGGAAGGAAGAAAAGCUGAACCAGAACAGUACAAAACACCAUGACCCUGUGCUUAUUACUUUUCUGUCUCUAGAAAAUAUUUAUGAGAACAAUUCAUACAUGUAUUAAUGGCUUCCUUCAUGAAAGUAUGUAAAAGAAAAAGUCUAGUUUUCAGAAGUGACAUACUACAGAAAACGAUAUCUUCACAGCUAAUAAUAAAGUGUAUUGUUAGAUUUGUUACUCUUUAAAAAAACAAAAUAAAACAAAUGCACACAA